AAACUCGCAGUACGCCUGAGGAAGUUUGGCGCCUUACCGCAAGAUUCGCCGUGGAAACACGACAAGUUCCUGCAGGCGCUGCGUUAUCAGUUGAUGUCGGACGAUGAGGACGGGUGGGAUGCUGAGAAGGGAAAGAAGACGAACCAUUUUGUGUCCCGUGCACCGGUGUAUCGAUCUAAAUUAUUGAAUGACUUCUUAGCUGCUGUCGACACAAUCCCUGACCCCAAUGGGAAACCAAGCUACGUACUGCGUGUUCGAGGAGAACCAAAAGAGCAAGAAGUGCCCGUGAUAACUGACAUAUCCUCCCGGACGCGACGCUGGAUGGUGGACAUGGAGUGGUUGAGCCAGCCAGAGAACAAGAAGUGGGAUGUUGAGUCGAGGAUCACCGGGAAUGGUAAGGUAUGGGGCGAUGAUGACGAUCCAGAGGAGCUGAGAGACAAAAAGAGGAAGGUGAAGGCAGAGAAGAAGGACGGCCGAGAAAAGAAGAGGGCGAGGGCUGGUGCGUUGGAUGUAAAGGGGAAAAAAGCGAGAGUGGGGACCAAGAAGAAGGAUGCGCCUAAAGUGGGCACAUCGAAGUCAGCUGCUGCCAUUGACGUGGCAAGCUCUGACGAGGACUGA